CACGUAGAGUGUGUUUUCAGUCGUUCAUUUAUUUUACAGAACACACCGAGUCUCCGGUCAGUUUGAGCAACGUCGGCUGUUUUUUUGGGAACACUAUGAUGUGAAAUACCGAGAGCUGGAGGAGGACUGGAAAGCUGCGUAUCAUAUGAUAUAUGUGAUGGACCAGCAGAGGGCGCUACACUCGGGUUGCCUGGUCUCAGGGGUCCGGACUCCUCCCGUCCGCCGCAACAGCAAGCUGGCCAGCCUGGGCCGCAUCUUCAAGCCCUGGAAAUGGAGGAAAAAGAAAAACGAGAAGCUGAAGCCCCCUGCGACCGGGGAGAAGAAGGCAGCUGCACGACAGAAGAGGGAUGACUUGGUCAGGAGGAACCCUGGGGAGACGGAGACAGAGUCGGAUCUGGCUUGCGGGGGCAACAGUGAGGAUCCAGACACCCCGACUCAGUCUGACGCUGAGGACAGAGACGAGGAGCCCGUGGCGCCUCUGGCCAGCACCAGUGAAGACCUGGGCAGCGAUUUAGAGGCCUCAACAGUGCAAGACGUGACUGAGGAUUCAAAGACGGUGGGAGAUCCCAGUCAGAGUGAGGACGGGGAAGACGAGAGCAUCUCACUGAGCGACCCUAGUGACCAGCAGCCAACGAGGAAGGUGGAGGCCGUUGAAGGGAAGAAGGAGGCAACGCCGGCCCCACCCGCACGAGCCAGCGCCACUCCUCCACCCAAAGUGCCGGUCAAAAAGCUCACCAGACUGGGCAGCCUAGACUGUGCUCCCUCAGUGCCAGUAAAGAAGUCCCCCGCCACCUUACCCAGGAACUUCACUCUUCCCAAAGACUCCCACGGCUCACUGUUGAGAGGCAGGAUGUUAACACCCACCGGGUCCCCCCACCUCGGGGCCCUGCACUCACAGCUGCCCCCUAGCUGCAUCAUCGAGGAAUUGCACCGCGCACUGGCCACCAAACACAGACAAGACAGUUUCCAGUCAAAAGAGGCGCGCUCCCCUUUCAAACGUCGGCUGGACGGCCGUCUGUCCCGCACGUCCAGCACAGAGAGGGAGCCCGCCGGGGAGUCGGAGAGCAAGAAGGAGUCGGACGAGAACAAAGAGAACUGGCGUCUGGACGAGUACCUGAGCGACCAGGACAGCUGGAACGACUCCGUCAUCUCCGGGACCCUCCCACGCAGGGUGAGGAAGGAGCUGCUGGCCGUGAAGCUUCGGAACCGGCCCAGCAAGCAGGAGCUGGAGGACCGCAACAUCUUCCCCGUGCGCAGCGACCAGGAGCGGCAGGAAAUCCGGCAGCAGAUAGAGACCAAGCUGGCCAAGAGACUGAGCCAGAGGCCGGCGGUGGAGGAGCUGGAGAGUCGGAACAUCUUAAAGCAAAGAAAUGACCAGACAGAACAGGAGGAGAGGAGGGAAAUCAAACAGCGGCUCAACAGAAAGCUGAACCAGCGGCCGACAGUGGACGAGCUGCGGGACAGAAAGAUCCUCAUUCGCUUCAGUGACUAUGUGGAAGUGGCCAAAGCUCAGGACUACGACAGGAGAGCUGACAAACCCUGGACCCGACUGUCAGCUGCUGACAAGGCGGCGAUACGGAAGGAGCUGAACGAGUUCAAAAGCAAUGAGAUGGAAGUUCAUUCUUCGAGCAAGCAUCUGACGAGGUUCCACCGGCCAUAGCAAGGUUUCUUCUGUGAAGAGUUGCCGAUAUCUGGUUCUGUCAGUGAAGACCUUUGCACGGAGUCUUCCAGCGCCCUGGCCCACAGUUAGUGGGUGCUCUGGUACUUGCGUCCAGAGAAACCUUGGAGGCUAUGUCUCUGGAAAAGGGGAGUUGGAGGGAGACGGCGUGGACGCAUGCAGCGAGCUCCACUCCUGCUCAGUGGAACAUCUCCUCAACCCUCACUUCACCUUGUCAGAGGAGCGGGGAGGAGUCAAGGUCAUGUAUUCGCCAUAGACGAGCAGAGACUUUUUUUUUGUAAACAGACUCUUUUGAAAGACGUUAUUUUUUCCGAUGCCACGCAGGGGAGGGGGGGGAGAAAUGUGCAUGUGACCGAGUCGACCAGUCCCACUCCAGUAUCAGUAGUCACAUUCCCCCCCCCCUCCCCCGAGCUGUGUCUGAGUCUCACCAGUUCAGUUGAUGCGUUUCAUAUCGACGGUGUAAACAGAAACCUUGUCUGUGUAAAAGACAGAAUCCCCUUU